CAGACAGUGUUUGUUGGAAAGAACAAGCCGCAGAAAGAUCCCCUGAGCUCCUUCCGCUGGCAGGGCUUCAAGCUGGAAGAAUAUCUCAUUGGCCAACCCAUCGGGAAGGGCUGCAGUGCCGCUGUGUACGAAGCAGCUAUUCCUUUCUCUUGCGAUCGUCAGGGGCGUGCGGAGAGCAGCUGCCUCGCAGGGCAGGGGCCAGCCGUGCAGCGGGAUCGUGGCUCGGCUUCACAGGCGGCUGGGGAGGAGCCCAUAGAGAAGCACCAACCGAAAGAGGCUUUUCCGUUAGCUAUCAAAAUGAUGUGGAACAUUUCGGCUGGUUCGUCGAGUGAAGCCAUCCUCGAUGCUAUGGGCCGAGAGCUUGUUCCAGCCACGGGGGUUGCCUUAGCCGGAGAAUACGGAGCUGUCUCUGGCCACAGAAAACCUGUCCUUGGGAGGAAGAAGUUGCAACCUCAUCCGAAUAUAAUCCAAGUGAUCCGAGCGUUCACGUCCUCAGUCCCUUUGCUGCCCGGAGCCUUCGCAGACUAUCCUGAUGUUCUUCCUUUAAGCCUGAAUCCCAGAGGGAUCGGUCACAGCCGCACGCUCUUCUUGGUGAUGAAGAAUUAUCCGUGCACCCUGCGCCAGUACCUGAGGGAGAGCAGUCCAGAUGUUUGUCUCUCCACGAUGAUGAUUUUACAGCUUUUGGAAGGCGUGGACCAUCUUGUUCGACACGGAAUAGCACACAGAGACCUGAAGUCUGACAACAUCCUGGUUGAAUUUGAUUCUGCUGGCUGCCCCUGGCUGGUGAUCACGGACUUCGGUUGCUGUUUGGCAGAUGAAAACGUCGGCUUGAGACUGCCUUUCACCAGCUCUUAUGUGGAUCGGGGCGGCAACGGCUGUCUUAUGGCACCUGAGGUGAUCACAGCGUCACCUGGUCCGGGGACGGUGAUCAACUACAGUAAAGCCGAUGCUUGGGCUGUCGGAGCGAUCGCCUAUGAAAUCCUUGGCCUGGCCAAUCCUUUCUACGGCCACGGGGACGCGACUCUGGAAAGCAGAAGUUACCGUGAAGACCAGCUGCCGAGCCUGCCCGAUCACGUGCCCCUUGAGGUGAAGGAAGUGAUAAAGAUGCUACUUCACAGGGAUCCCAACAAGAGAUUGUCUGCUAGAGUUGCUGCUAACGUGCUUCACCUAAGCCUCUGGGGUGAAAGCGUUCUAGCAUCCAAGACCCUGAAACCCGACCAGAUGAUCGCCUGGCUUCUCUGCCAGUCUGCGGCCGCUUUGCUCAUGGAUGGACUGGUGGAUAAAAGCCGGGUAGAAACCAAAAUGAAGAUGUGCUUUUUGGCAAACCUUGAGUAUGAAGACCUCUGGGCAGCAAUAUUCCUGUUGCUGGCCUGGAGGAGCCGGUCUGGGUGAAGAGUACCAUCUGGGACACGACCGUGCGAUAGAUAAACGGCACGUUCUAAAGGCACAUAGGAAUCUGUCUUUUCUGUCUGCCUGGAAUACUGUAGUGCUUUAGGGAGCAAAACUGCAGGCCUGUGUUUAAGAGGUUGAGUUUACCUCUAGCAAGUGUUAGUACACACUGCUUUUCUCUCCCUGCUAGAGGAAAUGUCCUUGCUUCGUUACUCUCUUGGUGAGGGUUUGGGGACCUUGCAGGUGUCCUGAGGUACGUGGUUGGUUUUGCUCACAUUUGGGAAUUCGUAAUUGACUUCUAAGUUGUGUGUUGAAUGAAGCAAGUUCCCUUUCAGAAGGCGGGGUGUGUGGGAGGAGGCAUUGUCUAGCUGCUCUUUACACGGAAGCAUCACGGAUUUAAACAAUACACCGAGAAAGCUGAGCUGACAAAGGGACGUGUCAUCUUUCUUUUCUUAGGGAAACCGGUGGUGGUCUUAAGAUGAUAUUCCUCUGCAGCCACAGACGUAUCUUGCUAUAAAAUGACCGCCUGAAAGCCUCCUAGUGAGGUGCUGACUGGUAAGGUGAGCGUCAGGAGCUGCUCGCUUCUUACGAUAAUGCACCAUUACAUAUCUAGCUAGUUACAGCGCAAGUACAAUGAACCCCAAACCCACUUACAUUUGUUUCUUGCCUGUUGUAUUUGUGCAGUGACUGUUGCCUCAGAGUCCAAGGCCGAGUCAAACUGUGUCCAGUUAGGGAUAAUACAGCAAACGAAACAGGGCUGAGCAGCAGCGCCUGCUUAAAGAGUUUAGUGUGAUGCUCUUCUGUUUUACCUACCUGUUUUUUCUGUUUGACAAUGAAGUAACGUCCUUUGGGCGGGGAGGACAGGAGACAUCGAUGUUUGAACAACAGUCAUGUUUAUGAAAACAUCAUCCGAUUUCACGUCUGUAAUUGUGUUUAGAAGAACUUGGGGAGAAAGUUAUUUAUGCUUGUUGCACAAUAAAUUGAAGAUUAAGCUCUGCUGCUG